UUUAAAUAAAUAAAUAAUCACAAAUUAUUCCAAAGGUUACAAAACACUGAGGUGGUUAAUUCAAUGAAUUCACCACUAGGGGGAAGUACCUCUUAAAUUUUGGUGUGACUGUGCAGUUGCUGGUAAUAUCAAGAGAAUCUAAGGAUAUAGAGAUUCACCAUAAGGAGAGACUCGCAUUAGUUGUUUUUCUCUCACACUCUUCAACUCAGUCCGAGCAACAAUGUCAAAAUGGGCAAUAAUUACUCUUUUCUUUACAGCACACGAUUUAGUGUGCCGGGGACAGGACAAUGUUGAUCAACCUUUAAGAGAAAAGACUUCAGCUGAGGGAAAUCAAGUGACUUUACUGUGUAAUUAUACAAUCACGAGUUCUGCAAAUGCAUAUCUCUUCUGGUACAAACAACUACUAAACAGAUCACCAACAUUCAUUCUGAGUGAAUUUACAGUUGGGAAAGGAACUACUGAGCCUGAUUUUAAGAAGAGAUUUUCAGCAACAUUGGACUCCACAUCAAGAUCAGUUCCUCUGACAAUCCAGGAUGAUGUGAUUCUCUGGACAGUGUUGAACAAACUACAAGAUUUCAAACUGCUGUUGAAGGAUCAGCUGUCACAAUCAACUGAUGUGAGCGUGUCUGACUCUGCUGUGUAUUACUGUGCUCUGGCGACCACAGUCACAGGAAACACAUCAACACUGUACAAAAACCUGUCACAGCCGAAGGUGCACAACUAA